AAUGAGUGCAGAAAAAGAUUUCUAAUAUGAUAUCCAUGAUGUUCAAAAUAUUAAGACUGCCUUCUUAGAUUUAUAAUAAGAAGAGAGUACAGGAUUUAAAUUGGGAUUUGGAACAGCAAUUUUAUCAUACUUUGUGUUUAGAAGAUUUACAUACUUAAGAACAGGACCAAGGUAUUAAUAAUAAAUAUAUUAGAUUUGUUGGAUCUAUGAUAUUAGGUUCUUAAAUCUAUGGAUUUUACACACACAGAUCAAGAGCCUAUUAUGAUUAUGUUGCUUAAUAAGUAAAUUUACAUGCUUCAGAAGCAAUCAAUCAAUGUUUAGGACAUUGAC